AUGUAUAACCCCAUGACCCCUAACCCCAGAAUCAACCCUAUCUCCGGGGUCAACCCCAUGGACCAGUACAUGCGACCCCCUCUGGCUCCCCCACUGCACAGCAUGAUGGGACACCGCAGCAUGAAUCAGUCCUCCGACGGUGAGUCUCAGUCCUGUGUCAUGUGAAACACUUCUUGACCUUACCCUCAUUAUAACCAAAGAGAGAGACUCUAUCUCAAUUAGUAUUUCCUCCAUUCCUCCCGACUCUGAUGAAUUGAGAAAGAGCCAGAAGAACCCUCUUCAUGAUACUCCGGCCCCUCAGGAGUCAGUAUGGCUGUGUUCUAAAGCCUGUAAUAAUGUAAUUAUUCCUAUCCUCUGUAUUUGUCCAGGUGGUAAUAGCACCCCCUACUGUCACAAUAACCUCAUGUCAUCCCACCACGGCUUCCCCCACGGACAGGGAUUAGACCAUGUGGGAGACGGUAAGAAAAUAACUGGGUCGUGUUUAUUUCCACUGCAAAACGCUUUAAAAUGUUUUUCAUUGCAAUACCCCCUCUCUGCUCCUCAUCUCCUCGCCUCACACAUCCUCUCCCUCCCACUCCUCUCUAUCUCCCACUCUCCCCGUCUCCUCUUUUCUCUCCCCCCUCCUCCACCUCCCCCAGGCUCGCGGUUCUCAACGCCUCGCUCCAUGCUGAAGCUGAGUAAGAAGCGUGCCUUGUCCAUCUCUCCGCUGUCUGACGCCAGCGUGGACCUACAGACGGUCAUCAGGACCUCCCCUAACUCCCUGGUGGCCUUCGUCAACUCACGUUGUGGACCCAACGCAGCCAGCUCCUACGGACAUCUGUCUGUGGGCGCCAUGAGGUCAGGAGUCCGAACCCUACACUAUACCACGCUAUAG